GAAGGAAAAAAGAAGAGAGACCGAAAAUUAUAACAGAAGCGGAGGGAGAGGGAGGCGACGGAGGGAGAGGUAGAAGGAGAAGGAGGACAUGGCGGAUAGAGGCGGAACGAGCUCCGGUGGAGGCGGCAAUGGCGCCCCGGAACUUGCCAAGAAGUCCCGCAAACCCAAAUAUUCCAGGUUUUCUCAACAAGAGCUUCCUGCUUGCAAACCAAUUCUAACGCCGGGAUGGGUCAUUACAGCAUUUAUUUCCAUUGGGGUCAUCUUUAUUCCAAUUGGUCUUGCCUCCUUGUUCGCUUCACAAAGAGUUGUGGAAAUAGUGGACCGGUAUGAUCGAGAUUGCAUCCCGAGGAAUGUCAGUGAUGAUGGUGUCGGAUUUAUUGAGGAUGCAAAGGCAAACAAGACUUGCGUCAGGACUUUAACUGUUCAGAAGCAAAUGAAGAGUCCUAUUUAUGUUUAUUACCAGAUCAGUAACUUUUACCAAAAUCAUCGCCGAUACGUAAAGAGCAGAGAUGACAAACAGCUGUGGAGUCCAAAAAAUGAGCGCAGCUCAUCUGACUGUAAACCGGAGGAUUUCACAUCCAAUGGUCAACCUAUCAUUCCUUGCGGCCUGAUUGCAUGGAGUAUGUUUAAUGAUACAUAUAAGUUCUCCGUGAAAGAUAAAGUGCUCGAGGUCAACAAGAAGGGUAUAGCAUGGAAGAGUGAUCGAGAGCAUAAGUUUGGAUCUGAUGUCUAUCCUAAGAACUUCCAGAGCGGUGCUCUGAUUGGCGGUGCAAAACUUAACUCGAGCAUUCCUCUGAGCCAACAAGAGGAUCUCAUUGUCUGGAUGCGACCUGCAGCACUCCCAACUUUCAGAAAGCUUUAUGGGAAGAUAGAAGUAGAUCUUGAACCAAAUGAUAAUAUUACUGUUAUAAUUGAGAACAAUUACAACACCUAUAGCUUCGGGGGCAAUAAGAAAUUGGUUUUAUCAACUACAAGUUGGAUGGGUGGAAAGAACGACUUCUUGGGAGUAGCUUAUCUCACCAUCGGUGGCCUCUGCCUCUUCCUGGCAAUAAGCUUCAUACUUGUCUACGUCCUCAAGCCAAGGCCGCUCGGGGAUCCAUCCUAUUUAUCUUGGAAUAGGAAUGCAGCAGGGCACCUGAACUAGGUUCGGCGAAGUACCUCGCUUCUGAAAGGCUAGAUUAUUGAUCAAUAAACUUCUGUCAGCGCUUGGAGCGUUUGCUCAACCUAAGAUCGAGGCUACUGCUUAUUAUUUCCUGCACCCCUGUGCAUGUUACGGAGUGUUUCGCUUUUUCUUUGAUGUGCAUUAUCGAUGCUCCAAUUUGCACAGAAUUUAAAUUUUGAUGAAUACUACCGGGAAAUAUGUAAAUACCUAUAAACAUCAUCUAGUGCGAAAAAGAUCUGUCUAUCUCAUUGAUCGUAUACAUGCUCGCAGUGUUCUUUUC